AUGCCGCUGGUUUCACUGGAAGAAGCAAUAAAACCGGUGCAACAUUUAUUCACUUCUCUUAAAACAUACGUAUGUAUUGCUAAAAAGAAUUGUCAAAAUCCAAAGGAUGAUCUUACACAAGAUAAAUCUGCAUCGAUUUAUUUGUAUAAAAUGGAUUUUGAUCCUCCUCCUUCUUUCUAUCAAGAAUUUAAUUCAGUAUUACAAUCUGAACAACGUGAUCCACUUCGACCAUGGUUAUUGCACUUGAGACUUUUUAUUACUGCCGCAUAUAAACUUCCUUCGGAAAAAGCAACUAUCUGGCGAGGUGUACGAGACGUAGAUUUAAGUUCAAACUACCAAACUGGAUCUGAUGUUACUUGGUGGGGCGUUAGCUGUUGUACACUUGAUAUGGAAGUUCUUGCAAAUGAGAAAUUCUUAGGAAAAUAUGGAAUGCGAACAAUAUGUUGUAUUGAAACUGAAAAGGGUAAAAAGACAACAGCACAUUCAUGUUUUAGAACUGAACACGAAAUUAUCCUGAUACUUGGUACAUGCCUUCGGGUACAUAGUAAAACAAAUCCAGCUGAUAACCUUCAUAUAAUUCAUUUGAAAGAAAUGAUGCUAUCAUAUCAACCGAUUGAUUUACUGUCAGAAUUUUUAUCUAAGAUGAAAAAUACGAAGAAACCUGGCCAUGAUACUGUCAAAAAAUAA